AUGGCUGCGCCUCCUGGAGGCGGCCUAGGUAUCAUUGGUUCUGGAAGAGGAGCCACGAGCGCUGAAACUGCCCAGGCUAGAGAAUGGAAACUCGACGCGCUCGCUGAUCUCUUCGACGAUGUCGAAAUCAGUCAUGCCAUCGUUCAGGUUGGGGGGAUGACGGCCCUUGACUCGGUGGUGUAUAAGCUUGCCAGUCGUGGAUUAGAAGCUAUCCCCCUCCACGGCGAUAUGAACGCAGGAACCAAACUAGCUGCUUUAAACAAGUUCAGGGGUACAAAUAACGUCAUCAUGAGGCAGCCAACAACAAAAGCACUUGUAGUUUAUGAUGUCCAGGUGAAAGGCCCAGAUGUUUCCCAUAUUCCCCUUGUCAUCAACUAUGAUCUCCCGAAAGCAGUCGAGGAAUACGCCCACCGCGUUGCUCCUGCCAUUGCCUCUAGUUAUUCCCGCGCAGGCGUUGUUGUUAACUUCGUUACAGCGACCGGUGGGGAUGUCGAGAUGUUAAGAUCCAUAGAAUGUUUCUACAAAAUCAAAUGCCCCGAAGUCCCUAUGAGCCUCCGUGAUAUCGUUUAAUUGACGACCUAACGCGUUCUUGUAUCCCUAUAGCACAUCAUUCCAUGUCUACCUGUUUUCUGCUGUUUCAUAUUAUACUGCAUCAGAUUCGGUGUUUUAUACCCCUUAUAUAACAUCCCCUCAUCACAUCCAACUCUACCCUCAAAUUGUUUCCUUACUAUGUUUUUCUUUUGUGUAGUCCUUUUCUCAUACACACUGUAUAGCAGAUUUU